UGCAUGCCGGCCGUUAUUGGCGUUAUUGCCGCACAAGAAAACAUCAAACAUUAUCCAGCAAGAAUAAAAUAUUUUACCAAGACAUGGAUAAGAGAAACGUUUCCGCUAUCUUCAUCUAUUGUACUCGUCGUCGUUAUCAUGAUCGAGUCCUGUGUUUUGUCCGAAAUUGUUGACAAAGACUCCUUCUCCGGUGCUCAGCUAAUGAUGGUUGGAAAAGAUAGCGCUGUUAUUGGACAUGUUCUGGAGACUUAUAAUGUUCACGACUUUCAUCAAUGUGGUCUAUUGUGUGCAUCUAAUCCUAAAUGCAAAGCCAUCAAUUACGAGCAUUCGGCUGUCAACAGUCCGUUGCAGAAGUGUGAGUUGAAUGACGCAACUAAGUCGGAAAGACCUCCAGAGUUUUAUAUUUAUCGUAAAGGAUUUUCCUAUUACGAGAUGGUAACUGAUUCAAAGCCACGCCCACAGACACACAGUAAUGAAAUUGGAAAGAAGCUCAAUUUAAAUUGUCCCGAUCAGUAUGAUGGAGCAAGUUGUCAAAUAUUUUAUCCAAAGACCUGCAAAGAUUAUCAAACUACGUUUGGCUACCGUCAUGACGGUGAAUACCGUAUUUAUUUGGAUUGGCCAGAAUGUACACAUGCAGCUGUAAUUUAUUGCGCAAACAUGGGAAGUACUCCUUUGGAAUAUAUCUCCUUGACUGAACAUGAAAACAAUUAUGCUGGAAGUCAUAAAAAAAAUAAGAUGAGAGAAGAAAAGACAUACUUCAAAAAAAUUAGAAUCGUAUUGCCUGAAAAAAGUGUCAAGGGAGACGACUAUUUCUUCACCACUACAAAUUACCCUGGAUCCGCUAAGACACCCUACGCCAGCGCGAGCGAUUGUUAUUCAUAUUCCUGCAGUGUUGACAAUAGAAAAGGAAGUUUCAAAGUGGAUUUGACUGGAACUAGCUUUCAUUUGCCCAACGCUAUUGCCUACGGCUUCAACUCGUACCCAAGCUGCGUGAAAAAAGUUUAUGCGGCUUCGAUGAGCAGUGACAACUUACGUUGGUCUGGAAAGUGUGGAGGUUACUGUGGAGAAUGUUCGCCGAAAUCCUUCAGUUUGUUGUUGAAUGGCUGCUAAUCCUGAUGUCUAUCUGAAGUGAACUAGUAUAAUAGUUUAUUCACAAAUUGCAAGCUAAAAUGGUGAAAAGAUUUGCGCUUGGAUAUAUAUGGUUAAUUGCACCACAUUACACUGCUGGUCGACCUCUUUAAAAUCCACCAUCUCAGAUGCAUUCUUUUUCACCAAUAUAUAACUAAUUGAAACAUCCGAAAAUUCGUUAUUUAAACCACAAUUUUGGCUGUAGCUAUUUAUCCCAUUUAACGGAAUAAACUUGCAUGGUCGAAAAUCACGAGUGAAAGCAACUUGAAAAUGGUCAUAUCAACAAUCAGUUUUUACAUGUUACGAAUAUAAUUA